AUGAAUUCCUCAUCCUCUGAUCCCAAAACCUGCAACUUUUGUGGUAAGCCCCGUGCUUACGGUCAUCGUUGUCAAGAGUUCUACGACUGGAAGAAGGAGAGAGAAUCAAGGAAGAGCAUUGGUGUGCAUACUGUACAAACAACCACUGUUCGCAAGGACAACAAGUCUGGUUCUGGUUCUGAGACCAACGAUGUUACCAUGGAAAGUAGCACUGAUUCUGACAUUGGUGAUGCUGUUGGAGAUGUCACCAUGGAGGAAAUAGAUGCUUGCUUGGACGAGAUUGAAGCAGAGGAUGCCUCGCUCAACUGUAAGUCUAAUGUGAAAAAUGUACCUGAAAGUUUCAAUCCAUUUCAGUUACUGACUCCUAUUAUUUUAGAGAGCAAAGAAGGAAAACCAGUCCGUUUGAUCGCGAAAGUAGAUACGGGAUCAGAUUCCACCUUCUUAAAUAAAAACAUUUUUCACAAUAAACUAUUAUUCACUUCCCAAGAUAUUAUUUCUGUUGAAGGCAAUUUGAACUUUCUGAGUCAUUCAGUAAAGAGAUUGGGUAAAACACCAGCUAUCAAGAUAAGAUAUCUUAAUGACAUUGCAUUUGAUCACUCGUUUGAGCUAUCCAAUUUUAUUCAGGACCUAGGCGAUUUUGAUGUGCUACUGGGUGUAGACACAUUGAGUCGACUUAGAAUUGGGCUAACUGGCGUUGCUCACAAGUUUGCUGAUGUUGGACAUCUUACAGAGGAAGAGAAAUCAGAGCUUCUUGAAAGCAUUGAUUUCGAAAAUGUCAAUUUUGAUACUAAACAUUCUAUUGAUCCAGAAACCACAUCAAUCUUUGAAUCCCAAGCUGAGGAGAAUAAGUAUAUGAGCAACAUCCAAGAUGCUAUUGAUGAGAAUCAGAGAAUCAAGCCUGGAACGUUUUGUAACGUGCCUGAAUCUGAGAUCACUAUACCAAUCAAGGAGAAUGUUGAUUACUACGUCAAGCAAUAUCCGAUCGCACAUCAUGCAAUGCCCGAAAUCGAAAAGCAAUUGAAUGAAUGGCUGGAUGCAGGAAUUUAUCAAAGAAGGACAAUGAUGGCAAACCCACCAAAACUCGAGUUUGUAUGGAUGUGCGGAGGAUCAACCAGCAUAUGCCCAACAAUACAAACCAAUUUGAGAUACCAAAUAUACAGGAUAUCUUCACCCGGAUCAAGCAGAAGGGGACGAUAUUUUCGAAAAGGAAAAACCUCGGUCAUGAACAUUUUGUUUUCUGAUAUGCCCAACGUGGAGGUCUAUGUGGGCGACCUAUGCCUCGUAUCUUCAUCCUUAUCCAGUCAUUGCGAAUUGAUUAAGGAGGUGCUGAGACGCUUGACACAUGCCAACUUAAAGAUUGGUGUUGAAAAGUGCUCCUGGUUUCGAUCUAGCAUCUACUUGCUAGGCUUUGUAGUUGGUCCUCAUGUUUCCAAGGUUGACAUGCGACGUCUCUCUGACAUUGAUCAUUGGGGUCCAUGCAAAUCUGCCAAACAGGUUAAACAACUAGCUGGUGUUAUUUCAUAUUUGAGACCACACAUCCCAAAUCUGUCAAAACUGAUGGCGCCUAUUGAUGCUCUACGAAAUGAUCCAGAUGCUGGUAGCAAAUGGACUGAGAAGCACACCAAACGACUUGAGAUUAUCAAGAAGGUCUUGUUAUCUGAAGCUUUACUGACUGCACCAGACAUGAAUAAGAAAUUUUAUCUUGAAUGUGAUGCUAGCUUAUAUGCAGUUGCAGUCAUUUUGACGCAGCGCGACGAUCAAGGACGCACAGUCUAUGUGGCGAUGUUGAGCAAAUCUCUGACCAAAUCCCAACAGAACUGGCCUGUCCUGAGACGAGAACUGUAUGCCGUGUUAUUCGGUUUAGUUCGUUUGCGACCCUUAUUGUACGGGCAUCCUGAGAUUGAGGUUAUGACAGAUCAUCGAGCUCUGAUUUAUAUCUACACAUGUAAAUGUCCUACUAGAGUCAUUCAAAAUUACAUGGAGAUUUUAAACGAGUAUCCCCAACUGCAAUUCACUCAUAUCAAGGGUUUAGACAACAUCUUACCUGACAAACUUAGUCGCUUGUAUGAACCUUUAGAAGAUCAUACAGAGCUGGCGGGAGACAGUGAUAAGAAAAUUGCUAAAUUACAAAAGAAUAUCAUGAGAAGCAAAGGCUCCAAGAAACGAUUCAUUGGCAACAAUAAGCAAACAAAGCAUUAUCUAACCAAGAACAAAGUAGUCUAUAAUAAAGACAAGCACUUGAAUGUACUUGCUAUGAAGAUCAAGGAGGGCAAUUAUGAAAGCGUUGCUUACAUUGCACCACCUGACAAUGAGAGAGACCAACUGCUUCGUGAAACUCAUGAAUUUGGACACUUUGGUGCCGCUAGUAUUGUCAAGAAACUACAUGAAGAAGGUAUUCAUUGGACAGGUCUAUAUGAUGAUGCAAAGGCAAUUUGUCAAUCAUGUAUGGAAUGUGCAAGACACAAUGUAGUUCAAAAGGGUUACCAUGAACUGAGAAACGUUGUAGCGUAUGGUCCAUUUGAUCACAUAGGCAUUGACUUUCUUGGUCCGUUAACUCCAACCAACAAUGGCAAUAUAUAUAUAUUAGUUGUAUACGACAUUUGCACCAGAUUUAUUAUAACUCGUGCAUUGCCCAACAAACAAACCGAUACUGUCGCUAGAGCUCUGACUACCAUCUUUGGAGACUUUGGCGUAGUACAAAUACUACAAUCUGAUAAUGGACGUGAAUUCAAGAGUGCUUUGAUGAGCGAGAUCGGUAAAGCACUUGGCAUCAAUCAAAGAUACUCUACGGCUUUCCACGCUAGGGGCAAUGGUGCAUCCGAAUCAGGUGUUAAAAAUAUUCUUAAUGCACUUCGUAAGAUGGUCAGUGAACACAUCUAUGACUGGGACUCGGUUCUACCUGGAACUCAACUGGCUAUAAACACAAAAAUUAGGUAUCGCACAGAGAGUGCACCUUUUCAAUUGAUGUUUGCUAGACCAUUGAAUAGAUUCGUAGACUACGAUGAUCCUAAGAUCAAGGACAACUUACCAAAGAAGCCUAUGACUCUCGGUGAGCUACGCAAGAAGGCAGAGAUUAUGAACCAGGUUGUCUUUCCAGCUAUUAACCAAAGAACACAACGCAUUAUUGAGGAGCAAGCAACGCGAUUCAAUAAGCAUCACAAGAUUACACACUUCAAAGUUGGUGAUUGGGUUAUGGUAAGACUUCCGCAUAGAGAAAGCAAACUUGAGGCCGCUUAUGAUGGACCCUAUCAAGUUGUUCAAAAGAAAAGAUCUACAUAUGUGUUGAAAGACGAUAUGAAUGAACUAUUACAUCGCGACUAUGUGCCAUCUGAAUUGAAGCUGGUAGCAAUCGACGAGUCUAUCAUCGAACAAGAAGUAUAUGAGGUUGACGAGAUCAGAGCGCAUCGUGGUCCUGAACACAAUAGAGAGUAUUUGGUAAAAUGGAAGACAUUUGGAGAAGCUGCCAACUCCUGGGAAACUGCUGCAUCGUUCAACAACCCUCAAACCAUUCGUAAGUACUGGGCAAAGAUCAAGGAAUAUGAGCUGCUUGAGAAGAGAAGACAGGCACUAAAUAGUGACACUGCUUCCUCCAAAUCAAAGCGUAAGCGUGAUGAUUCUGACAAGCGUUUGAGAGGCUCUAAGAGACUCAACGUUGCAGAACAGUAA